ACUAAGCAAAUUUGAUAAUAGAAGUAAAUUGGAAACUUUUUUAAAGUUGUAUUCUCUAUCUGAAUCAUGAAUAAAACAUUUUGUGUUUCAUGUUCCUUUAAGCUCUUAGAUGAUGGCGCCCAGUGUAAAGAUAUGGUACAUUACCUACUGGCACUUGCAAGGGGUUGAAAUAAGAAAACGGCUUUGAAGAGAGGAACAGGGGGAAAAACAAUAGCACAGAUGGAGCAAGAUUUGCUGAAUACUGCACACGCUGAGCUGGAGAGACGUCAAUUAGAAGCAGCAGAGGAAUUGUAUGCUCGUGUAAUAGAGAGCUGCUCUCAGAACAGCAAGUGCAGGUCUGAGGAUCUUGCUGUUGCUUUAAAUAACAGGGGGCAAAUCAAGUAUUUCCGAGUUGACUUCUAUGAAGCAAUGGAUGACUACUCUGAAGCAAUACGAAUCAAUCCAAAUUUUGAAGUUCCAUAUUACAACAGGGGUUUAGUUUUAUACCGCUUAGGCUUUUUUGAUGAAGCUGUUAAAGAUUUCCAGAAAGUACUGCAGUUGAAUCCCAAUUUUGAAGAUGCGAAGAUAAGUUUAAAACAAAGCCUUUUGGACAAAGAAGAGAGAAGGAAGAAAAUUGUUGAAAACUCAUAGUUGAGAAAUGAAUUUAUUUUUACAUUUUUUUUACUAUGUAUUGCAUAUCUAAAAUCCUUAGACUUUAGGGUACUUCCCACUGCUGGAACCUACAUCAUGCCCAGAUCAUUUGUAACACAUUGGUUAUGAGAAACUUUUUUUUUUUUUUUAAAUCUGUUGUUUGGAUGUUACUUGGUAAACAUAGUCCAAUUAAUUUAAUUUAUUGUAAUAAUUGAUCACAUGAAUUGCUAAUUUGUUUAAUACAACAAGUUAUUUUAUCUGUUUACGCAGCAUAUUCAAUUUCAUAAACAAAUGCAUUCUUAUUUCUAAUUCCAAAAUGUUAAAAAUACCAGCUAAAUACAAUUACAUUAUUUGUCAUAUUGUCCUUAAAAAUUAAUAUACUUAAAUUA